CCGCAUUCGGUCUCGCUAUUCCCCAAAGCAGCGACCACAGCCGCGCCGAGUCAAGAGCGCGCGCGCACGGCGCCUCCAGGUCGCGGCUCCGCUCCGCUCUUGCACACCCAGAAGGCAAACGCAAACCAUAUCCUCCCUCCUCGUCAAACCCCACUCGCAAAGCGCGGACGCGUUCCGCCUCGCGCCUGUGCCCCUCCCUCCUUCUGCUCUGCUCUGCCCUGCUCCCCACGCAAGGGCCACCGCGCGCCGGAGCCCAUCCCAUCCCAUGGAGGCGCCGCAGCGGCCCAGGCCGCGCCAGCGGCCGCAGCUCGCGCGCAUCAACGCGAUGAAGCACUCCUCGUACCCCGCCGAGGACGAAGGCGACGACGACCUCGCGCCGGUCGACCUCGGCUCCGAGUUCGCGUCGCAGACCAGCUUCCGCAUCCGCCGCGGGGGCGCGGAGGUCGCCGACCUCUUCCGGAAGCUCGGCCUCAAGGGCCCCGAGGACUUCACCAUCCCCCCGGCCAUCUACGCCGCCGGCAUGGCGCACAUCCCCAACCCUUCCCGCAGCCGCCGCCAGUCGCUGCAGGCACCGCUGCUGCCGGCUGCGGGCGCUGACGGGAUGGCACCAGCACCACAGGGACCUCCAGAUGUUUCUGCACGGGACGCUGCACUCGCAGCGAGGCUGGAUGCAGCCGUCCAAGGUGAAGAGCAAGCUGUGUUGGCCGCCAAAGUAGUCCAACCGGAACCGGAGGUCGCUCAAGUUUCUGCACGAUCAUACAAGGGGUCUGGAACCGAAUCGAGCAACAGAGCAGUCCAAUUGGAGACAGGGGAAUCUUCUAGACGAGUGAUUGCUGCCGCGGUGAAGGAGGGGACUGCACACGGAGUGAAGGGAAAGGGCGAUGUGGUCAAGGUGGAUCAGCUACGAGUGGAAAGAACAAAAGCGGUGGUUGUCGAGGCGCCAAGAGAGACUACCGCUGCCGUGGUUCAAGCUGUAGCGGAGUCCCCUUCUCAGAGCACCGAGUAUUUGAUCUCGCCGUCGCCAAAUAGGCGGUUUAAGAGAACUAUCACGUCUUGGACCAAGGGACACCAUCUCGGCAGUGGAUCUUUUGGUUCUGUGUACGAGGCGAUCAGCGAGAACUCCAGGGUUCACAAAUUUGCUAUUAUCAAAUGCAGUCAACUGGCUAUUUGUGAUGGAUUUUUCUUUGCUGUCAAGGAAGUAUCAUUAGUGGAUCAAGGACUCAAUGGAAAACAACGCAUUCUGCAGCUUGAACAUGAGAUAUCUCUCUUGAGUCGUUUGGAGCAUGAAAAUAUAGUUCAAUAUUUUGGAACACAUAAGGAAGGUGGGAAACUAUAUAUUUUUCUUGAACUUGUUAGUCAAGGAUCUUUGGCAGCUUUAUAUCAAAAAUAUCAUUUGCAAGAUUCACAAGUCUCAGCAUAUACACGACAGAUUCUGAACGGUUUGCACUAUCUACAUCGCCGGAAUGUUCUGCACAGAGAUAUAAAAUGUGCCAAUAUCCUAGUUGAUGCAAGCGGACUGGUCAAAUUGGCAGAUUUUGGACUUGCAAAGGAGAUGUCAAUUUUGAGCCAGGCAAAAUCUAGCAAGGGAACUGUCUACUGGAUGGCCCCUGAGGUUGCUAAGGCUAAGCCACAUGGACCUCCAGCGGACAUAUGGAGUCUUGGCUGCACAGUUUUGGAGAUGCUGACAGGCGAAGUGCCGUAUCCUGAUAUGGAAUGGACGCAGGCUUUGCUCAAAAUUGGUAGGGGAAUACCACCAGAAAUUCCUAAUACAUUAUCAGAAGAUGCGCGUGAUUUCAUAAAGAAGUGUGUCCAAGCAAAUCCAAAUGACCGGCCAUGUGCUGCUCAGUUAUUCGAGCACCCAUUUGUGCAGCGGCCACUGCAACAAUAUGGCGUGUGAUGUUCUCCUUGGCUGCUAACACAUUUGAUUGUACAUAAGCUGAUUUAACUUACAUGCCUAAGCUGUUGAUAUUAUGAGAAUGAUCCCUUGGCCCGAGUUCCGAGAGUGAACCCUCAAUCUGAAGGCAUCCGUUGCUCAAUGUUCCAUUUUCAUGCUUUGUAGUUUAGGUUUAGGGGUAGGUCAUCCCUUGCUCACUGUACCAUUUUCAUGAUUUGUAGUUUAUGGGGUCUAAAAUUGCUUUCAAUCUGGUAAGCACACCCAGACACUUAGAAGCAACAAUGUUUGCUUUGAUGUGGGAUGACUUGUAUAAGUGGUUCUUUUCGAGCUUGUCCACUUUUUACACCAUGCUCUAACGACUGUCUCAGCAUGAUAUGCAUAAUGAUAAACAAGGGAAAUGGUUUAAAAUGAUGUUUAUUGGCGCCUUUUGAAAUA